CAAUAAUUUGACAAAGGUAAGAAAAUGAAAAGUUGGGUUACCAAUCACCCCAGGGGCCCACAAGACCUCCAUGGGCCCCAAAGUGCUUUCAAAAAAAGUGGGUCCUGGAUAAAUUUGCAAUCUCGUAGCCCUGUGUCAGAAUCUUCCUUUAAUCUUUCAAUUGAUUGUAUGUUCACAGAUUUUUUUAUGGCCCAAUAAAGAUGUGUAUCAUCAGGUGACCACAAACUAAUGGACAUUACCUGCAGGUAAUAUUUCAGUGAAGGAGAAUUGGUCUGGGUCUCUGCGUCAUCUAUCAACAGCAUAAAUUUGCACUGCAGCCUCCAAAUAAAAUACGAUCGGGUUUUAUAUAGGCAAAAUAAUCUGUGCGGUAGUCAUUAUCAAAAAAAACACACGCACACAUUUUGGGACUGCUCAAAAAUACAGACCUUUUGAAAAAAAUGUCAAAGACGAAAUUGAGAAAAUCCUGGAAACAGAUAUUCCUCAAUCUCGCUGUUAUUAUUCUUAUUGGACCUAUCACCUGAACACCCGCUUACCACAGACCUAGUGCCUAGUGACCUCAAACUUCCGCCUCUUUGCAUUCAAGGACAGUUUCUAACAAGGAUUACUAUUUCAUUUUAUGUUAGAAAAAAAUCUUUUUGCCGUUACAGUGUGGUUAUCAUGGCUCUCUGCUUUUAGGAAAUUGAAGUCACAUAUCCAUCACAGCAGCAAUUGUAUUAAAAAAAUGGCCUGGUUAAAUCAAUCUGUUCAGGUUAGUGCUAUUCAAAGAGCCAUUCAAAGUUGUGUGCACUGACUUGACACUAGAUGGCACAACACAACAGAUGAAUCGGUUCUACCAACAAAACACAACAGGAUGUGGCAAUCAUGAGCAGUGCAUUCAUUAUACAACAGGGCACUUAUCUGCACAACAAUACACCUGUUGUAAAGAAAUUGCGCAACAUAGCUGUGUUGCAUGUUAUGUGCUGGAUACUUUGAAGGACAGACAAAGUGCACUCAGCACUCAGUAGGUGAAGGGAAACAUUUGAGUUGGAUUUUCUAUCCUGUACCAGUGGAUUUGGGUCAGAGGAACUUCAACAUGAAGGCCCCUCCGUUAUCUCUACUCACCCUUACUCUACUGUUGAAUCAACUAUCCAGUGCAUCCGGGGGGAAAAUACUGGUGUUCCCAUUGGAUGGAAGCCACUGGGUAAACAUGAAAGUGCUCAUAGAGGAACUGCACGCCAAAGGCCAUGAGAUCAGUGUGAUUCGGGCGUCAGACAGCUGGUACAUUAGUGAAAAGUCUCCUUCCUACACCUCCAUCACACUUCCAAGCACAGGUGGCUUUGAAGAAAACUUUGAAGCCUUUUUGGCUCCACAGCUGCAGGUCCGGCUUCAGAGUAAGCCUACAUCUUUUUGGUCAUACUUUUGGAUGCAUGUUCAGCUGCAGCGGCUGGUCGUGGACCAGUUCUCUCAAUUCCACAAGAGAAUGAGUGAAAUAAUCAUUCCGAUAUUUGAAGAUGAGAAUCUGAUGCGUUCCCUACACGAUGCCAAAUAUGAUGUGGUUCUGACUGACCCUGGCAUUGGCGGAGGGGCCAUACUGGCACGCCGGCUCCAAGUUCCUCUUAUUUUCAAUGUCAGAUGGACCAUUCAAGGUGAAGCUCAUCUUCUCAUUGCUCCUUCGCCUCUGUCAUACAUUCCUUUUACUGCCACAGAGCUGACAGAUAAGAUGACUUUCCCCCAAAGAAUCAAGAAUGUUUUAAGUUAUAUCCUUGGGACAUACACACUAUCAAGGAUCACAGAACCUUACUACAAACCUUUGGUUAGGAAGUACUUUGGUCCCGAUGUGGAUUACUCAACAUUUUUCCUGGAUGCUGAUAUAUGGCUCAUGAGGAAUGAUUUUAUCUUUGAAUUUCCACGUCCUACAAUGCCAAAUAUAGUCUACAUGGGUGGAUUUCAGUGCAAGCCCCCAAAGCCGCUGCCCGAGGACCUGGAGCAGUUCGUCCAGAGCUCUGGAGAUCAUGGGGUCAUUAUAAUGACCUUAGGAACACUAGUCGGGAAGCUUCCCCAAGAUGUUGCAGAGGAGAUUGCUGCAGCCUUUGCUCAGCUGCCCCAGAAGGUUGUAUGGAGGUACAUGGGACAAAGGCCAGCCAGCCUGGGCAACAACACAUUACUGGUAGACUGGUUGCCACAGAAUGACCUUUUAGGGCAUCCCAAAACCAGAGUGUUUAUUUGUCAUGGAGGCACCAAUGGAGUUCAAGAAGCAAUUUACCACGGGGUUCCUAUUGUCGGACUUCCCUUAUUCUUUGAUCAGCCAGAUAACAUCUCCAGAAUCAGAGCAAAGGGAGGAGCUGUGGUCGUGGAUAUUGCGGUGCUCGAUAGGCACAUAUUUGCAGAUGCACUGAUGACAGUUCUGUACAAUUCCUCUUACAGGGAAAACAUGCAGAGACUCUCAAGACUUCACAGAGAUCAGCCCAUGAAACCACUGGACCGGGCAGUGUUUUGGAUAGAAUAUGUUAUUAGGCAUAAAGGAGCAAGACAUCUGCAGUCACCGUCCUACAAAAUGUCCUGGUUUGUUUACAACUCCGUGGAUGUCAUUGCUGCUUUGUUGACAGUUGUUGUGCUUAUAACAUUGACCUGCAUUUCAAUUGUAAGAUUACUGUGGAGAAUGAUUUUUGUUGGGAAAAAGGUUAAAAAUGAAUGAAUGCAUGAAUGAAUGAUGUGUGAAAUCCAAGCAUUUCCAGAUAUUAACCCAGAAAAUCUUUGUAUGCAGUGUUGGAAAUCAGUGUACAUUGGGACAUUUUUGUUCAUAAGGAUUAAUAAAAUAUCAUGAUUAAAGAGAA